CCGGAGGAGAGGAAGAUGGCGGCGGCCGCCAGCACCCGCGGUGCCGUGGGGCCGCUCCGAGGAGCCUGAGAGACCCACAGAGGCUUCGCGGGAAGACGCGGCGGCGGAGGAUGAGCCUGCAGAGCGCGCAGUAUCUCCGAAUGUCUUAAACCAUUCUACCUUAUGAGAAAUUGGAUGUUCUUGCAGAUAGUCAUUGUGGGAGAAAACGUUUCAUUUAAGUCCCAGAUGAGGACCGGAAACUUGAAAUCAGAGGAGCAUCUGAAAUCAAGUAAUAUUAGGCAGGCAGAAGUCCUGAAGGCUGACAUGACAGAUUCUAAGCUGGGUCCAGCCGAGGUCUGGACAUCCAGGCAGGCUCUGCAGGACCUGUACCAGAAGAUGCUGGUUACUGAUUUGGAAUACGCUUUAGACAAGAAAGUAGAACAGGAUCUCUGGAAUCAUGCCUUUAAGAAUCAGAUCACAACACUACAAGGCCAGGCAAAGAAUCGAGCAAACCCGAAUCGGAGUGAAGUUCAGGCAAACCUUUCUCUGUUCCUAGAGGCAGCUAGUGGCUUCUAUACUCAGUUAUUACAAGAACUGUGUACAGUGUUUAAUGUAGAUUUACCAUGCCGUGUGAAGUCUUCCCACUUGGGAAUUAUCAGCAAUAAACAGACGCGUACCAGCGCCAUAGUGAAGCCACAGUCUAGCUCCUGUUCCUAUAUCUGCCAGCACUGCCUCGUCCACCUUGGAGACAUUGCUCGAUACAGAAACCAGACCAGCCAGGCAGAGUCCUACUACAGGCAUGCGGCUCAGCUUGUCCCCUCUAAUGGUCAGCCUUACAAUCAGUUGGCUAUCUUAGCUUCUUCCAAAGGAGACCAUCUGACCACAAUUUUCUACUACUGCAGAAGCAUUGCUGUGAAGUUCCCUUUCCCAGCUGCCUCUACUAAUCUACAAAAAGCACUUUCUAAAGCACUGGAAAGCCGGGAUGAGGUGAAAACCAAAUGGGGUGUUUCUGACUUCAUCAAGGCCUUUAUUAAGUUCCACGGUCAUGUGUACCUGAGUAAGAGCUUGGAAAAGUUGAGCCCUCUUCGAGAGAAAUUGGAAGAACAGUUUAAGAGGCUGCUAUUCCAAAAAGCUUUCAACUCUCAGCAGUUAGUUCACGUCACUGUCAUUAACCUGUUUCAACUUCAUCACCUUCGUGACUUUAGCAAUGAAACGGAACAGCAUAGUUAUAGCCAAGAUGAGCAGCUGUGUUGGACACAGUUGCUGGCCCUCUUUAUGUCUUUUCUUGGCAUCCUGUGCAAGUGUCCUCUCCAGAACCAGUCUCAGGAGGAAUCCUACAAUGCCUAUCCCCUACCUGCAGUCAAGGUCUCCAUGGACUGGCUGAGACUCAGACCCAGGGUCUUUCAGGAGGCAGUGGUGGAUGAAAGACAGUACAUUUGGCCUUGGCUAAUUUCUCUUCUGAAUAGUUUCCAUCCCCAUGAAGAGGAUCUUUCAAGUACUAAUGCUACACCACUUCCAGAGGAGUUUGAGUUACAAGGAUUCUUGGCUUUGAGACCUUCUUUCAGGAACUUGGAUUUUUCCAAAGGCCACCAGGGUAUUACAGGAGACAAAGAGGGUCAGCAAAGACAAAUACGACAGCAGCGCUUGAUCUCUAUAGGCAAAUGGAUCGCAGAUAAUCAGCCAAGGCUGAUUCAGUGUGAAAAUGAGGUAGGGAAAUUGUUGUUUAUCACAGAAAUCCCAGAGUUAAUACUGGAAGACCCCAGUGAAGCCAAAGAGAACCUCAUUCUGCAAGAAACAACCAUCAUAGAGUCACUGGCUGUGGAUGGGAACCCAGGACUGAAAUCAGUGCUGUCUACAGGCCGAAAUCUAAGUAACAACUGUGACACAGGAGAGAAACCAGUGGUCACCUUCAAAGAGAACAUUAAGCCACGAGAAGUGAACAGAGACCAAGGAAGAAGUUUUCCUCCCAAAGAGGUGAGAAGGGACUAUAGCAAAGGAAUAACUGUAACUAAGAAUGAUGGAAAGAAGGACAACAACAAGAGGAAAACAGAAACCAAGAAAUGCACCUUAGAAAAGUUACAGGAAACAGGAAAGCAGAAUGUGGCAGUGCAGGUAAAAUCCCAGACAGAAUUAAGAAAGACUCCAGUGUCUGAAGCCAGGAAAACACCUGUAACUCAAGCCCCAAGUCAAGCAAGUAACUCCCAGUUCAUCCCCAUUCAUCACCCUGGAGCCUUCCCUCCUCUUCCCAGCCGGCCAGGGUUCCCGCCCCCAACCUAUGUUAUCCCCCCUCCUGUGGCAUUUUCUAUGGGCUCAGGUUACACCUUCCCAGCUGGUGUUUCUGUCCCGGGAACCUUUCUUCAGCCUACAGCUCACUCUCCAGCAGGAAACCAGGUGCAAGCUGGGAAACAGUCCCACAUUCCUUACAGCCAGCAACGGCCCUCUGGACCAGGGCCGAUGAACCAGGGACCUCAACAACCACAGCCACCUUCCCAGCAACCCCUUACAUCUUUACCAGCUCAGCCAACAGCACAGUCUACAAGCCAGUUGCAGGUUCAGGCUCUAGCUCAGCAGCAACAAUCCCCUACAAAAGCUGUGCCGGCUUUGGGGAAAAGCCCUCCUCACCACUCUGGAUUCCAGCAGUAUCAACAGGCGGAUGCCUCCAAACAGCUGUGGAAUCCCCCUCAGGUUCAAGGCCCAUUAGGGAAAAUCAUGCCUGUGAAACAGCCCUACUACCUUCAAACCCAAGACCCCAUAAAACUGUUUGAGCCGUCAUUGCAACCUCCUGUAAUGCAGCAGCAGCCUCUAGAGAAAAAAAUGAAGCCUUUUCCCAUGGAGCCAUAUAACCAUAACCCCUCAGAAGUCAAGAUCCCAGAAUUCUACUGGGAUUCCUCCUACAGCCUGGCUGAUAACAGAGCUGUAACGGCACAGCAAGCCAACAUGGACCGCAGGGGCAAGCGGCCACCGGGAGUCUUCCGUCCAGAGCAGGAUCCUGUGCCCAGGAUGCCAUUUGAGGACCCCAAGGGCUCCCCUCUGCUUCCUCCGGACCUGUUAAAGAGUCUGGCUGCCUUGGAGGAAGAGGAAGAGCUGAUUUUUUCUAACCCUCCUGAUCUUUACCCAGCUCUGCUGGGGCCUCUCGCCUCUCUUCCUGGACGAAGCCUCUUUAAAUCCUUAUUGGAGAAGCCCUCAGAGCUCAUGUCACAUUCAUCCUCUUUCCUGUCGCUCACCGGAUUCUCUCUCAAUCAGGAAAGAUACCCAAAUAACAGUGUGUUCAAUGAGGUGUAUGGGAAAAACCUGACAAGCAGCUCGAAAGCAGAACUUAAUCCCUCAUUGGCCCCCCAGGAAACAUCAUUGUACUCCCUUUUUGAAGGGACUCCGUGGUCUCCAUCACUUCCUGCCAGUUCAGAUCAUUCAACACCAGCCAGCCAAUCUCCUCAUUCCUCCAACCCAAGCAGCCUGCCAAGCUCCCCUCCGACACACAACCACAAUUCUGUCCCAUUCUCCAAUUUUGGACCCAUUGGGACUCCAGAUAACAGGGAUAGGAGAACUGCAGAUCGGUGGAAGACUGAUAAGCCAGCCAUGGGUGGGUUUGGCAUUGAUUAUCUCUCAGCAACAUCAUCCUCUGAGAGCAGUUGGCAUCAGGCCAGCACUUCAAGUGGCUCCUGGACAGGCCACGGCCCAUCCAUGGAGGAUUCCUCUGCUGUCCUCAUGGAAAGCCUAAAGUCUAUUUGGUCCAGUUCCAUGAUGCAUCCUGGACCUUCCGCUUUGGAGCAGCUGUUAAUGCAGCAGAAGCAGAAACAGCAGCGGGGACAAGGCACCAUGAACCCUCCACACUGAGGCCAGAGUGGCAACCCUGGGAACGAAGGCUCCAUCAACCGUGGCAUGUUGGGUCUGCAGGACUGGCCCACGCAGUCCCCUGCAGGUGGCAGCCCUCUUUUCUGUCUCUCGCUGUUGAGAGGGUGUAAGUGCUCCACCAGCCCACUGAGUGUGCACGAAAUGUCUGCAGUGCAGCAAAAGAAAAAACCAUCAGGAACUCUCCAUCCCCCCGGGGCCUUCCGGAGGGAGAGAGGAACUGCUGUUUGUCUCACUCAGUUACCUGAUAUCACCGCCUUUCACCUUCUCCAUCGUGCAUGUCCCCAGCCACAUGGGAAGUGAAAGCUGAGAAGGGAAGGCAGAUGGGAGAAGCCAAUGGGAACGUCUCAGUCCUUUUUUUUCCUCUUUGGGGAGUAAAAUAGGAAUCCAUUAAUGAUUGCUUUGCUGACUGAGAAUGUAGUUGAAAUUAUUCCUGAACAUCUUUUGUCAUUGUUAUUCCUCUCAGUAGUAAGAUAUCACACUGAAUUCUUCCGCACACGGAUGUGCUUCUUCUAGUCAGUGUGUAGCAAAGGAAGCCCCGUGCACUGCUCCUGUGAGAGGUUGGUGGUGACAGGAUGGGGAAACUGACCUCUUCAGCCAGUGGAAAUGUUCCAUAAGGGAGAGGACAAGGCCUCAACUUUCACUCCGAAGGUUCUGGUGGGCCCUCCUCUGGCCUGGAGACUCCAGCAGGAAAUGCCCUUCACUCUGUAGGUGCUUGAGCCCCAGUCGAGGAUGCAGCGCGGGUGGUGGUGCUGGGCUGGACUAGCAGACAAGCUGCUGUAGGGUUUUAAAUGAACGUUUUUGAUUCCUGUACAUUGUACGGUAGCAAAGCAGGCAGUCCCACAGAAGGCAGGCUGGUCCGUUCGUGGCCUGACGCAUUUGAAUAGGCAGAAGCUUUCAGUGUGGUUAUUUUUUGUUUGGUUGGUUUUUGUGCCCCCAUCCUACUUACCACCCACCUCCUCCUGUCCCUACCUCCACCCCUUUUCUACCCUGUGCUGUGUGCUAGUAAUCGUUAUUAUUCCUAACAUGCACAACAUCUCGCCAAGAAGCAACAGCAUGGGGUCCAGCAGCUGGGGCCCAAAAGACAGUCUGAAGAAGAAGGAAGCAGCAGCAGCGGCGUCUGCACAGCCCACCGAGGGGCCAGGCCCCUGCCCGGCUGCAGUCUCCCGGCCUCCACUUUCAGAGUGAAAUUCAAGGCAACACAGACACGUGUGCAUCAUGCAGAGAAGAAAACACAAGGAAGUCCAUUCUGGAAAAGGCGGAAGAAAGGAAAAUAAACUUUUAUUUGAUAUUUAUUAGAAGGAAAGAGGACUGAAAAUUUUCUUGUGUAGAAACAGAAGGACAGCAUUUCUGAUAGUCAUUUCCUGGAAAAGUAAUAUUUUAAGGGGAAAUUAUGGAAACAAUCUAAAUGUCCAAUUGCUGUGCUAGUGGUAGGGUUUAUUUUCUGGGAGAGCUCUCCUUUGUGUGUGUGUGAGUGUGAGUGUGUGCGCACACAUGCCCGUCUGCUCCCCCAGAGGGGAGGGGUGAUGCGUGUGAGUGUGUGGAGCUAGCGUGGGACUUCAGAGCUGGAAAACAGCUGCAGAGCAAAGCACAUCCAGGAGCCCCGGUCGUCACUGGAGUCUGGGCAACCCCAGCAAUGAAAAGGGGUGAGAUUCAUGCUCAUUGCUCUUCCGAGAGAGUGGUUGGAGUCCUGUAUGCUUACAUUAUUGCUCUUUUAGUUUGACAUGGUGUUUGGGUUUUGUUUUGUUUUGUUUUAUUUUUUUGAAAGGUCCCAAAGGGUGAAGUCCCCCCACCCAAUGGCAAUAUGAAACCCUUUGUGCUUCUCUCCAGCCCCUUCCCCGUGUCCACCUUUCUCCCUUUCCCUCCGUCCCAAGCCUCCUUCCCUGCUGCCUUUACCCACUUUGUGUGUUUGAGCUCUGCAUUCAGGCAGCUGCAACAUUCCAGUGUUUGAACUGUCACCGAUUCUUGCACCCUUGACAAGCUAACCAGGUUCACUGUCUCGGUCCCACGUAGUGCCCACGUCCCAUCUACAGCCCCAUUUCUGCAUGAGAAUUUGGUGUUUGGAAUGUUUUCUGACUCUUGGGGCGGGGUUCCUCGCCUUAUCAUCCUCAGUGUGGAGUAAUGAGGAGGGAGAGGAGAAUCUUCAUCAGAAACUGGUUUUGUGUAGUAAACUUUCUUUUGUGUUUAUUUUUUUGUUUUUGUUUUUUGUUUUGGUCUGUCUGUGCAAGACCUGCAGCUGCUGAAAUCAGCUUUGCCUUUAAUUAAACCAUGUUCUCUCCAACCA